AUGAAGUCUAAAUAAGUGAUUCCUAAAGGAAAACAUGCAUUUGAUUGUAAUGGUUAGACAUUCAUAGUCGAUGACAAAUAUUAAUUUAUAAAAUAAAUUGGACAUGGAGCUUAUGGAGUUGUGUGUUCAGCCUUGAACAAGAAAAGUCAACAAUUAGUGGCAAUUAAAAAAAUAUCAGACGCAUUUUCUGAUCUUAUCGAUGCAAAAAGAAUUGUGAGAGAAAUUAAACUUUUAAGUAAUUUAUUUCUUAGUAUUAUUCAUUAGAAUUCUUUGAUCAUGAGAAUAUCGUUUCGCUUCUUGAUUUGUAAAAACCAGAACAUCCAUAGAAUUAUAAAGACAUAUACAUUAUUACUGAUCUUAUGGAAACAGAUUUGCAUAGAGUUAUUUAUUCAAAACAAGAAUUAACAGAUGAGCACAUUCAAUAUUUUCUAUAUUAAGCAUUAAGAGGAUUAUUGUACAUUCACUCUGCUAAUAUAAUCCAUAGAGAUCUUAAACCAAGUAAUCUACUUUUGAAUAAGAACUGUGAUUUAAAAAUAUGUGAUUUUGGAUUGGCUCGUGGUUAUGAAGAUGAAGGUGAAUUUAAAACAGAGUAAUAUUAUCUAUUUAUAUAGAUAUGUAGUAACUCGGUGGUAUAGGGCACCUGAAGUUAUCUUGAAUGCUUCUGAAUAUAAUAAAUCAGUUGAUAUCUAUGCACUUGGUUGCAUUUUAGCUGAAUUAUUGGGUAGACAACCACUAUUUCCUGGCGAAGAUUAUCUAGAUUAAGUUUAAAGAAUAAUCUAGGUUUUAGGAACACCAAUAAAUGAUGAUGUUCGAUUUAUUGGUAACAAAAAUGCCCUCACUUAUUUGAAAAGUCUACCUAAAAAGCCUAAAUAGUAAUGGAAGAAUUUGUAUCCUCAUGCAUAACCCUUGGCUCUAGAUUUAUUAGAUAAAAUGGUUACUUUUAACCCAGACAAGCGUUUGACAGUCUAAGAGUGUUUAGCACAUCCUUAUUUUGAAGGACUUCACAACCCUGAAGAAGAACCAAUCUGUGAAUGCACUUUUGAUUGGGGAUGGGAUAGUUUUAAACCAUCUGAAGCUAUACUUAAAUAAAUGGUAUAUGAGGAAUCAUUGUCAUUUCAUCCACUUAAGUGAUUUAUUUUUAU